UAUAUACUAGUGAGAAUCUUAGCCUUAGCUAAAGUAAGAUUGUUAUUAAUAUAGUUAUUUUUUAGUUCGAUCCCGGUUUGUCGGUCCUCCGUUCUUUUUCUUUUUUUUUUUUCUUUAUUUGUUUUCCCCAAUGGGAGCUGCGCCAGGAUGGGAGGAUGGUGAACUGGAGUUUAAACUGGUUUUUGAAGACGAUCCAUUGCCUGGUUCGGGUUCGACUGCCGCCGAUCUGGAGAGAGGGAGACCCGCAGACGAGAACAAUAAUCGGGAUGCCGACCAGGAGGGAAGCCCAACCCCUUCCACAGAACGUCCCUCCCCUACUGCCAAACAGCCAAUCCUGAUCUCCCAAAAUCGACCGGGGGGUGGUCCUUUGCUUCCUUCCACCAAUAACCGUGCCGGAAUGCAUUCUCCUCCCCCCAGACCAACAGUUGACAAAGAUUUCUUCGGGACAUACGAAAGCCAGCCGGCUCGGUACAUUCAGCUAGACAGCUCUCGGGUUUUAGAAUGUCCCAGCAUCCAGAUCACCCCCAUAUCGCCUCAGGAUAGCCAGGAAGAAACCUACUAUUGUCCUUGGGAGAGAACUUCUAGGGAUCAUUUGUACCUUCCCCUGGAUGCUUUCAGCUACCGAGAUGGAGGUUCUUUAAGCCCCAGCUCUGCCAGCAGCCUCUCUUCUAGAAGUUGGGUAUCGGAUGCUUCAAGUGAUUCUUUACUACUUGGUGAUGAAGAAGAACUAAAUGAAGCAACUUGUCGAUUCAACCUGGGAACGAGGUCAACGUCCCCCAGACUGGGCCCUCUCCUCUCGUCUCCUACCUCCCCCAGUUCCAGACCUGCUUCUCCAGGAGGCAAGAGAAGACAUUCGGGAUGUCUGGACUCGUAUUCCCCUCUCCCCUCACCCUCCAUUUCAAGAAGAGGCAGUUUUUCAGAGGACCCCUUAUCUCCAGAUUCCUCAUCCGAAGUCCCGGAAUUUGGUUUCCCAACUUUCUCAGGAUUAAACGUCCCUCUAGAGCCAGAUAACAUCCCACAGAAAGCCCGGAAAACUUCUUUGGAACAGAGCGCCAGGAAAGAAGAUCCGUCUGAGAGUAGCAAUAAUGGUUAUCCGGUUAUUGAUGUGGAGGAGGGAUACGUGCAGGGGCAGGAGAGCUACCACACUGCUCUUGGUAUACCCUCUGGCAUGGAUUAUCUAUCAGUCCCUUCUCCUCUCGCUUGGUCUAAAGCUAGGAUGAGUGGACAUAGCCCCAUUUUUCGGUCCACCGCCCCCCCUCCUCUGGACUGGCCCCUCCCCUCGCAGUUUGACCACUAUGAACUGAGGGUGGAGGUGCAGCCCCGGUCACACCACCGCGCCCACUAUGAGACCGAGGGCAGCCGGGGGGCAGUCAAGGCAUCGCCAGGGGGGCACCCUAUCGUCAAGCUAUCAGGGUUCAGCGAGAAGCCGCUGUCCCUCCAGAUGUUCAUCGGCACCGCUGACGAGCGAUCCUUGCGCCCUCACGCCUUCUAUCAGGUCCACCGCAUCACUGGCAAAAUGGUGAGCACAGCCAGUCAGGAGCUCGUACUGGGAGGGACCAAGAUCCUGGAGAUUCCACUGAACCCUGAGAACGGGAUGAGAGCCAGUAUUGACUGUGCCGGGAUUCUAAAGCUGCGGAAUUCUGACAUUGAGCUUCGAAAGGGAGAGACAGACAUUGGGCGUAAGAACACCAGAGUGAGGCUGGUCUUCAGAGUGCAAAUCCCACAGGGAGCGGGCAAAGUGGUGUCCAUCCAGACUGCAUCAGUGCCUAUAGAGUGCUCUCAGCGCUCGGCCCAGGAGUUGCCCUCUGUGGAGAGUUGUAACAUCACUUCCUGCUCCAUGGUGGGGGGGGAGGAGCUUGUGCUGACCGGCUCCAACUUCCUGCCAGAGUCAAAGGUCAUCUUCAUUGAGAAGGGGCCAGAUGGUAAACUCCAAUGGGAGAGUGAGGCCCAGGUAGACCGGGACAAAAGCAGUGAGUGUGAGCUGUGUGUGGAGGUCCCGGGGUACUGCAAUGAGACGGCAAGCAAGCCAGUCCAGGUUUACUUCUACGUUUCCAAUGGGAAAAGAAAGCGCAGUUCAACACAGUGCUUCAAAUACCUGCCAGUGAUGUUCAAAGAAGAACCUCCACCAGUCCUAAUGAGUAAUCUGCAGUGCCCUCGAGUGACAGAUCCCAGUAAUUCCAGAGUGUCACUGCCUUGCCAGUCACUCGACCCAGGAGGUGGACAAUACCCAGCAAACCCUUGCUACCAAAGAAGAGAGAAGCCCUCGAACCAGCCUGACUAUCCCCACGGCUUCCUGAGCCCUGCUCCCAGACGUUUCCCAUUCCGGGAAGAAUUAGAAAACGUGGCGGCCAAUUUUCUGGAUCAUCUUGACUACGAGGCGGAGCCGGGGGUCAACGGGCUUCUCCUCCCUCACUUGCAGAAGCCCGACUCGACCCCGAGCCUCGCGUGGCUGGACUCCCCCUAUCAAUCAUCGUCUCCCUCCUCCCUGAGCCCCUACGCACAGAACAGUCCCGUCUCCAGUUCCCCUCAGUCGAUGCUGUGUGGACCCAAUCUUGGUUACCCUUCGGAGAGCUUUGAAGGCCUCCCCUUGCAGAUGGGGUAUGCCAUAGAUCAGGUGCCGCCGUACGCUCUGCAUCGGGUGAAUUUCUGGAGCAACGAUUCGUUUCCCGGGUAUCAUGCUGGAGCUCAGGAGCAACACCUUCCACCAUAUCCCUCAUACCCCUAUGCCAAUUCCUCUGCAGAGUUAGCCAGUCCCUCGGAAAAGCCCUCGGGCGACCUGUCUCUGCCCGAACAGACACCCUUCGACUCAGAGUCUCACCAGGAUCCUGUGUACCAGGGUAAGGGUAGAGGCGAUGGGUCGCAAUACAUUGUGGAGAGAGAGGUGAAGUCUGGAUUCGAAGGAUACGGACCUCCCUUUAGGAAUGUUCCCAUUCAAGGGAUCACUCUGGAAGAAGUGAAUGAAUUUAUUGGAGAAAGUCUGACACAAUUUCCUGAAACAACUCUUGGAGGAAGACCAAACUAAAGAAAACUGCUUGGGCCAGAAACUGAGUCAAGUUGACAAUUCUUUUAUCUAGUUACUUUUUCUGACAGUUGUUUUGGCUAGUGUCGCCUUCAGUGAAUUGCAGCGGAAAAAUGUGGGGUAAAGCAUAGGUAAGCACUGUAAGGCCCAGGCAUAUGGUAAAGCUUGUUAAACAUUGCAAACCAUAAUAAUCUAUACUAAAUGCAUAGCAUAGCCAGGCAUGGGGGAAACUGCCAAAUGACUGUGCAAAUUUACCAGAGUAAACUUUAAUUAGGGACUAGCCGAAAACUUGUGUCGAUUUUAUUGAGUUUCUCUAUAAUGGGAAGCAGAUGGAUUUUAAAGGUUUAAUGAAAGCAGCCAGACUCUUAAUAUACAAGCUAAAUAUUUUACAAGUGGAAGCUAGUUACAGCUUAACUAUACCAGCAAAAACUCUCUCUUUCUCCUAAAUACCUUGACUGCGUUUGAUGUGUUUAAAUUAUUGUUUGAUUUUUAUACAUAUAUAAUUAUAUGAAUUAUAUUUUUAAUAGCUUUCAUUUUGUAAUACGGUAUUUUAUGCAUACAACAUAAAACACAUAAAUAAACAUUACAUUUAAUAAAGAAUGCCUUUGCUACCUACUUUGUGUA